UGCCCUUGCACUUUCACUGAUCCAAGAAGAUAUCACUUUCAAUCAAUCGAACUUCAAUCAUGGCAUCAAAAGAUUUACUACACGAUCCCUUAGAUUUAUCAGAAGAAUCAGAAUCAGAAUCAGACACCGAACAAAUCCAAAGCAAACCUAAAUCAUCAAAUCCUACAUCUUUAUCAAAACCUAAUGUUAAUAAGAAUGGAAAAUUGAUUUCAAAUCUUCAUGUUCCAAUUGAAGAUAUUAAAGAAGUUAAAGUAGAUACUUCUAAUUUAAAUCCUUUAAGUCCUGAAGUGAUUUCUAAACAAGCUACUAUUAAUAUUGGUACUAUUGGUCAUGUAGCUCAUGGUAAAUCAACUGUCGUGAAAGCUAUUUCUGGAGUACAUACUGUUAGAUUUAAAAACGAAUUAGAAAGGAAUAUUACCAUUAAAUUAGGUUAUGCCAAUGCCAAAGUUUAUAAAUGUGAAGAAGAAUCUUGUGAUCGUCCUGGGUGUUAUAGAAGUUAUGGAUCUGAUAAAGAAGAUCGACCGAUGUGUGACGUAUCAGGAUGUGGUGGUAGAAUGAAAUUAAUCAGACAUGUAUCCUUUGUAGAUUGUCCAGGUCACGAUAUCUUAAUGGCUACCAUGUUAUCAGGAGCAGCUGUGAUGGAUGCAGCUCUUUUGUUGAUUGCAGGAAACGAACCUUGUCCACAACCUCAAACUUCUGAACAUUUGGCAGCUAUUGAAAUCAUGAAGUUAAAACAUAUCAUCGUUUUACAAAACAAGGUGGAUUUGAUUUCAGAAUCAGCGGCUGAGGAACAAUACAAGACGAUCCUUAGUUUUGUUAAAGGUACAGUAGCUGAUUCAGCACCUGUCGUACCGAUUUCGGCUCAAUUAAGAUAUAACAUCGAUUCAGUUAACGAAUAUAUUGUGAAAAAGAUUCCCGUACCAUUACGUGAUUUUAGUGCAGAUCCUAGACUUACGGUCAUCAGAUCGUUUGAUGUGAACAAACCAGGUGCAGAAGUAGACGAAUUAAAAGGUGGUGUAGCUGGUGGUAGUCUUUUACAAGGUGUCUUAAGGAUGGGUCAAGAGAUUGAAGUUAGACCUGGUGUGGUGACUAAAGAUGCAGAAGGAAAAAUUCAUUGUAAACCGAUCAGAAGUAAGAUUGUGACGCUUUUGGCUGAAAAGAAUGAAUUGAAAUUCGCUGUACCUGGUGGAUUGAUUGGAGUGGGAACUAAAAUCGAUCCUCAACUUUGUAGAGCUGAUAGAUUGGUUGGACAAGUUUUGGGAGGGGUUGGAAAGUUACCUAAGAUCUUUACUGAGAUUGAAAUUAAUUAUUUCUUACUUCGAAGAUUAUUAGGAGUUAAAACAGAUGAUAAAAAACAAACCAAAGUAUCAAAACUAACCAAAGGUGAAAUCUUAAUGGUCAACAUUGGUUCGACUUCAACCGGCGGUAGAGUGAUGAGUGUAAAAGCCGAUUUAGCUAAAGUUUUAUUAAACCAACCUGCUUGUACUGAGAUUGGAGAAAAGGUAGCCUUGAGUAGAAGGAUUGAACAACAUUGGAGAUUGAUUGGUUGGGGUAGUGUUAGAAGAGGUGCUGAGUAUGAAUUAAAUGAAUGAUGUUUAAACUAAAAAAUAAAAACAUAAAAAGUUUUAUAUAUACAUAUAUAUCAAAAGUUUGGAUUUCAUAUAUUAAAACUUUGGGUCAUUGGAGAGACGGGUUUUCAUUUGGUUUUUUUAGUUUAUAAGAUUUUUUUGAUAAAGAUUUAGUUGAGAAAGUUAACUUUUAAAAGAGGAACCCAAUCGAAUUAGAAAAUACUUUUUUUUGGUUUGGAUUUUCAAACAAAGGAUUAUAAAGUAGAAAAAUAUCUAUGUAUACAGAAAUGAUGAUCAAAACAAUUGGGUUGGAAGAGUUGUUGAGGUUUUUGAUUUCAUGAUGAUUUAAAGUUUUCAUUUUAAUU